AGUAAGGACAAGAGCUGACCCGGCGCUCGGUGGCUGUGCACUGCGUCUCAGUGAAUCGUGGGCGUAAAGCCGAUACCCUUCCCCAGGCAUAUUUUCUAGGGUUAUAUCUAAUCGCUUGGUUCUCUCUUUCAACUGCUGCCAGAAUUUCAUAUUCUUCUUCUCUCGUCUCUACUCAUUCAAAACAAAGCUUGGUUGUCAGCCAGCCGUGAAUACCUGCACUAUGCGUCUCCGGUGGCUCUGGUGGCUCCGGUGGCUCAGCUGCCGGCCAAUCAGAUCAACCACCAGCCGUCCACCAAAGGUUCCCUCCUUUCCCUCCGCUCAUUACGAUACCCAUCCUACUAGUACACACCACGCCGCGUCCGAAAUCCAGAAUGCAACUUCAGAGCUGUCGUCGAUUGAGGACUCUGAAGAAAAUGCGGCUCAGUCUCAUACACAGUCCUCUCCGCACCCUACACCGUCUAGCUUGGUUCAGAAUCCUAAUCCUCUUUCCUUGUCAACGCAUACCCUUGAACUUUGUGACGACACAUCACAUCAGAGUAACAGUCCUGGAGCACCUCGAAGUAUUUCAGAAGCAGGCUCUUUACAUAAUAGUCUACGUCAAGCACGCAUACAGUGCAGUAACAAGAACAACCACAAAUUCUUUGUUCCGGACUGCGAACUCAAAAAACUCAUAACAGUCGAAGUAGUAACACCCAUACUUCAGAAAAUUCUCCCAAGCACUGCCGAUGCUCGCAUCAAUGAUUUAGCUAAAUCGAUUUGCGAAUCCGCUCCACGUUUAUUCGCUACCCUCGGAUACAUCAAGAAAGAACACGAAAUCCUGCCGUUGCUAGAGGAGCAGGUAUCCGACGAGGACUUCCCUUUCCAACUAAAACAUCCACAACCACUUGGGAGUCACUACGCUUUGCAAGGGAAAGGUGGCAAAGACAUAAUAUCUCUCGCAAAAUGGAACGAUGAAGUCUCUGAAGAGUUUCAAAGGUGUCAAUGGUGGAUGAUGGCUCCCAAUUUCAACGAAGGAAGUCACUACAUAUUGGAUGACAACGCGAUGCUGCCUUUCACUGAACGUCGAGAAAUCUCAAAGGGGGGUUAUAGCAGAGUCCACUUCGCUAAAAUUCACCCCUCACAUCACAAUUUCUCAGGCGUGAAACGGUCCGAUAGCGAAGGGUGCCAUGUUGCCAUCAAAGAACUCAGCACAGCCAACCACGAAGACAUCUUCAAGAAGGAAACUGCAUUUUUCGCCACUCUCGCUAAAAAAAGGAAUCAACCUCACCCUCACUUAAUCAAUCUUCUUGCCACGUAUCAAUGGAAAGGGAAAUACCACCUGAUGUUCCCGCAUGCCAAAGAGAACUUAGAAAGCUACUGGCGACACACCAAACCAGUCUUCGAUGAGGAUACCAUGCGCUGGUGGCUCAAGCAAUUGGCCGGCCUCGUCAGCGGCCUCCUAGAAAUUCACGAAUCCAGAAUUCAGACUCCCCCCGGUACCACUUCGGCCCCAGAAGGAUCCGGCUCUAGCAUUAGACUCAAACGAGGUGAAGAGAAGUAUGGACGCCAUGGCGACAUAAAGCCGGAAAAUAUUCUAUGGUUUCCUCCCUCAUCCGCAUCCGACAAUCCGGGAGGGAUCCUGACGAUUGCGGACUUUGGGUUGAGCAGGUUCCAUGGAAGAGACACUCGUUCUAACGUGGAUUGGAGCCAAAUCAAAUCUUCGCCUACGUACGAGCCGCCGGAGUUGAAACUCCAUAAGCCCGUUUCACGCGCCUAUGAUAUGUGGAGUCUUGCCUGUAUCCUUCUGGAAUUCGCGACAUGGGCGUUGAAAGGGCAGGAAGGCAAUGAAAACUUCUCUAGCAAUCGGUCAUGUCCCGACAGCAACCCUGACUUGCGAGAGCUCUCUAAUGAUGAAUUCUUCAAUAUAGUCGGCGAGAACCGCUCAAGGGCUGAAGUCCGCGAAGGUGUAGUCAAGUGGGUGGAAGAGCUCUACCAAUCCGAGAACUGUACUGCUUUCAUUCAAGACUUGCUAAAUAUGACAAUGCGCCAUCUCCUUGUCGUAAACCCGGCGCAUCGCUAUAGCGCUAUCCGAUUGAACCAAGAGUUCAAGCACUUUGAAGAAAAGGCGAAGGACUCAGAGUACCUCAUAAAGCCAAUACCUCAGACAACAACGUCGACAGCUCAAGGAACGCCUCACAACAAACCAGAGAAUAGGUCUGUUACUCAUCGUAUAGGUAAUAUUUCAAGCCCAAGAGCAAGGACUGAAACAGGAGUGAGCAAGCUAAGAUACCCAGGCACGAGUAAAAAGUCAAAGACGUGGCCAGAUCCACGAGUGCCGGGAGAAUCGCAGUGCAUGAGUGGUAUUGGGCUCAUUGCAGAUUUUACCGAAUGAUGGAAUUAUAUCGCCGAAAUAUGGGCGGAUGGUGGCCACG